AAAAAGUUACCAGUUGCGUAACCAAAAUCACGAGGAACUCGAAUUUACUCGGGAUAAAUCAAUAACUAUACGUUAUCAUUAUGUGAUAAAGUAAGAGAGCUAAUUUUAAAGAGUGAAACUUGUUAAACCUCAGAGUUUUUAAACUUGGCAAAAAGUCUUGUCAGGCUAGCUAAUAUCACUGUCCAAGCAGUCUACAAGGCCUGAACAAGAAUGUCAAUUUACCGGUCUGGGGUGUGGUUUGUAAAGGGUCUGAGGGAAUAUACCAAGAGUGGAUUUCAGGCAGCUUGCAAGAAUUUCAAUAAUGCUGAUAUUGAGGUCAAUGCCAACGGCAGAAGUUUCAUGAUAACCGGAGCGAACAGUGGAAUAGGAAAAUGUGCAGCUAUUGCCAUUGCUCAGAAAGGUGGCACUGUGCAUAUGGUGUGUAGAGAUGUAACAAGAGGAGAAGAGGCAAGGCAAGAAAUCAUCACACAGACAGGAAAUCAGGAUGUUCACUUGCUUGAUAUGUCAAAACCCAGAGAUAUUUUCAACUUUGUCAAGAAUUUUAGAGAGUCUGGAAAAGUCCUAGAUGUACUGAUUAACAAUGCAGGAUGCAUGGUGAAUACAAGGGAAGUAACUGAGGAUGGGUUAGAAAAGAACUUUGCCACAAACACACUUGGAACACAUGUACUCACUACAGAAUUAAUACCUCUUUUGUCAGAAAGAGACAAACCAAGGGUGAUAACAGUAUCAUCAGGUGGAAUGCUGACUCAAAAGCUAGAUGUCAAGGACUUACAAUUUGAGAAGAUGAAACCUUUUGACGGCACCACAGCCUAUGCUCAGAACAAACGCCAACAAGUUGUCAUGACAGAGGAGUAUGCAAAACGCUAUCCCAGAAUCCACUUCUCCAGCAUGCACCCGGGAUGGGCUGACACUCCUGCUGUGAGGACUGCAAUGCCUAGCUUUUACGAGAAGAUGAAGAAUCGUUUGAGGACGGCGGAGGAAGGAGCCGACACAGUGAUCUGGUUAGCCCUGUCUGAAGCAGCCCUCAAACAACCCAGUGGUCUCUUCUUCCAAGACCGAACCCCUGUUGCAACACAUCUACCUCUUGCUUGGUCUAGAGCAACACCCCAAGAACGUGAACAGUUUAUGGAUCAAGUGGAUCAGAUGGCCAAACAGUUCAGCAUCUAGAAAAACCAUGAAUUGAAAGAAAACUACUCCCACGCGCAAAUCAUCUUGAACUUGUUCAGAGACCACAUGCUAAAAUCAAAUCUUAUUUAUAGCAUGUCUGUGUUUGAUCCUGCCAUGAUGGAAUCAGUUUCUACCUAUGUCCAUCUUCUUUCCUGAAAGUACUCUGAUGGGUGUUUGUUGAACACAAUUGCGUUGCAUAGCAUAUCAGUUUGACCAAUCUCACCAAACUAGAAACAUUAAUAUAUGUGUAUUAAUCAUAUUAAGUAAUGUCUAAUUAAAAUACACGUACAUGUAUGAGAUUUUUAUAAUAUGUAUUUAUGUUGUAUUUCUCAUUCAAAAAAGUACCUGUAUUAAAUUUAUGGGUAUAUGUUCUAACCCCUUUGUUUUGUCUAUUUUGAUACAUGUAGGUUGUAUGAUGUUUUGUGCAUUUGAUUGUCCUCCACUUUUGUGAAAGCAAGGUCAUUAUAAAUCUUAUUUGACUGACCAACUAUCAGUCUGUCACAAAAACUUCAACUUUGGUCAUAAAUUUUGAAUGAGAAAAGAUGGGGCUUUCAUAUUUCACUUGUUCAUUACCUCUGAGAAAUAUACUUUGUUUUUUUAUGCCAUGAAGUUUGACCUACUUUUGAAAAUAUCAAACAAUACUUUAAAUUGGUCAUUGAGAAAAGAUAGGGUUCCACAUAUCAACUAAUCUGUUAGGAAUGUAUAUCUGUUCGUUGAAAAUUAUGUACCAAAAGUUCUUAAAAAUUUAUACUGAAACACUUUUCUAACCCAGGCCUACAUUAUUCAAGAUACAAAGUCUAUGUGUUAAUAGAUCUAUUGAAGGCAAAAAGGACAACACAUAAUUCUAAAAAAAAAUGUCAUUUAUUAUAUUUAAUAUUUCUGAAAGGGGUUGUAUUUUUUGGAAUUAUGUUGUUUAAAAUAUAUUUAUUCAAAGAAAUGGAUUGAGCAGCAGGCAUAACUGCCUAUGAUCAUUCUCUCCAUAAUUUGAAUUAUGUAAGCCUGAUAUUAAAAUAAUUAAGAAUUUACAUGUUUUCUCUUUUAUUUGCAUUAGAUUUAUUUAGGAGAAGAUGUACUAAAUAAAAUCCUCAAUUUUUUCCUUCAAUAAAUGCUAAUCCUUAU